AUGAGUUUAACAAAUCCAGAAGAUAUUAAUUUACAUUUACCUACUUUAUUGAAAGUACCCAAUUAUUUAACUUUAUGGAAUUUCAUUAAAUCUAAUGAAGGAAUUCAAUUAAUUCAAAAGAUUAUCAACUUAUUAGAAACAACUGUUAAAGCAAAAUUAAUCUCAGCAAGAGUUUAUCAACCCAAUCAAUUAGUUUAUAUUAAUCAAUCCUCUUCUGGACCAUUUGGAUAUCAUGAUUGGAAAGUAUUGGGUUCUAAACUUUCUCAAUGGUCUGAUUUGAUUGAUAAUCUAAUUGAAGUUGUCGGUCAAAGUUUAAAUCACGUGAAAUUGGUUGGUGUGACCGUUUAA